GUGAGAUGAUGGGUAAAGCUGAUAUCUGGCUAAUCCGAACCUUCUAGGAUUUUCCUCGGCCAUUCCUGCCCAACUUGGAUUCACUGCACCCAAGGAUAUGGAGGAGUUUGUGCAGAGCUCUGGGGAUGAUGGGAUAGUUGUGUUCACUUUGGGAUCCAUGGUAAAGAACAUAUCCAAAGAAAGGAGCAAUAUGAUCGCCUCUGCAUUGGUACAGAUACCUCAGAAGGUCUUAUGGCGAUAUGCUGGAGACAAGCCAGGUCACCCCAAAACCAGAGCGUUCAUCACUCAUGGGGGCACUAAUGGCAUAUUUGAGGCCAUAAAUCAUGUUGUUCCAAUGGUUGGGAUCCCCUUGUUUGCGGACCAGCCAGAUAGCUUGGCCCAUAUGAAGGUCAAGGGGGCUGCUGUUAUCAUGGACGGCAUUAAAAACAUGUAGACUCAAGACCUGUGGAUGGACUCAACGCUGUUAUUAAUGACUCCUUGUGAGUGUCAUUGUACAAUAAUAACUAUAUUUUAAGUUCUCUCUGAGAAUGAGAAUUUAUAGACAGAAAAAAAUGACUUUAUUGAUCUCUUUCUCACCCACAUGCAUCAUAUAACUUCUGAAGACAUGUAUUUAACCACUGGAGUCAUAUGGACUCCAUUUAUCCUGCUUUCAUGUGGUUUUUGGACCUUCAAAUUUCUGGCCACCAUUCCCUUGGACCUACAGAGCUGAGAUAUUCU